AUGGCACUUUCUCAGUCUCUAAGUGUAGCUACACAGGCGUUCAACUAUUUGGGUACCUACACAACCGUGGCUAUCCUCAUUGUCGUCUUUCUAUACGUUCUUCGACAACUUGCUUUACCCAAACCACUCCCUGGGAUCCCCUAUGACCAUGAAUCAGCCAAGAGUAUUCUCGGUGAUCUUCCGGGGUUUGCUGGUUCUCCCAACAAUAGAGAAUGGGCAAUGAAUCACGGCAUCAAGCUCAAGUCUCCCAUAUUUCAGGUCUUUGUCAAACCCUUCCAGAAACCAUUCGUCUUUGUUACCGACUUUUAUGAAAUGGUCGACAUUUCCAUGCGCCGGUUAAAAGAGUUUGACAGGAGUGAGGCGGCUAUCAGCAUGUUUGAGGGGAUUGUGCCAGAGCAGCAGAUUACGUUGCAGUCUCACGAUCCUCGGUUCAAGAGGAACAAGGAGCUUGUGCGAGAUUUGAUGAGUCCAACCUUCCUGCACAAGGUCUCUGCACCGCACAUUUAUGAUGCUGUUCUACGAUUGACAGAUCUCUGGGAGAAAAAGGCUGCGUUUUGCAACGGAAAAGUAUUUGAUGCCGGAGGCGAUAUCCACCAUGCAGCCCUGGACAUGAUUCUCAUAAUGUCGUUUGGGCUAGACCUCAAGAGAACUCAUCUUGUCAAGAAACUCAACCACCUCCAGCCCAAGGAUACUCCGUCCAAUAACAACAGGACCAAGAAUUCUAGGCUCGAAUUUGAAGAUGUUCCUCUGAACCCUGAGCUUAGUGCUCUAGCCUAUCUCUCCGACAGCACUCACAAUGCCCUCCGGUCACCAUUCCCUAAACUGUUUCACUUCUACAACCGCCACUUCUCUUCGGACAUGAAGAAGGCACAAGGUCUAGCUGACCAAAUGCGUCAUCGGGAAAUCGCAGCGAGCAUUCAGCGCCGAGACAAGGGACAGGCUGAAUGGUGUGCCCUUGAUCAUAUGAUUGCACGAGAGUCCGCAAUUGCAGAAAAGGAAGGACGGAAACCAAACUUUUACUCCCAAGCUAUGACAAGAUAUACUAACGCACUGCAACAGGUGCUGGGCUACCUCAUCGGCGGCCACGAAACAACCUCAUCCACCGUCCGCUGGAGCAUGAAAUAUCUCACCGACGACCAGAGAGCCCAAUCCAUCCUCCGCGACGGCCUCAAAGCCGCCUACCCAGCCGCCGUCUCUGAAAACCGCCCCCCGCAUCUAUCAGAAAUUCUCACCACCCACAUCCCCUACCUCGACGCCGUCAUCGAGGAAAACCUCCGCUGCAGCAAGGUGCUCCCCCUAACCACCCGCGACGCCAUGGUCGACACACAGGUCCUCGGCGUGCCCAUCCCCAAGGGCACAACCAUCGCCCUAAUCGGCAACGGACCGGGCCUGACAAUCCCCAGCACCAAGAUCCCCUUUGACGAGACCAAGUAUUCCCGAAGUGCCACGGCAAAGGGGUACAUGCAAAAGUAUGGACGCUUCGACGAUGUGGGUAUUGAGACGUACUACCCCGAGAGGUGGCUGAAGACGACGACGGACGAAAAGGGCGUUGAGACGGUGGAAUUUGAUGCGAAUGCUGGUCCGAUUUUUGCGUUUGGACUCGGCCCGAGGGGUUGCUUUGGAAGGAGGUUGGCGUAUUUGGAGAUGCGGAUCUUCUUUACGCUCGUGUUUUGGAAGUACAAGUUUGGUGAGCUUCCGACCGAGUUUGCGGCUCACGAUGAGGUGGUGAAUCUGACGAGGACGCCGGUUAAUGUGUUUGUUCGGUUGGAAAAGGCUUAG